GUGAAAUUUAAGUAUUUAUAACUAAAAGGUCGUGAUCUCCGUUAUUCAUGCACUCAAUUUUCCCGUAAAACUUAUCCUUCAAUUGAACUAGAAAAAUGAUGCGUUAUGAGUAGUUUUAUUUGUACCGAGUGUCUUUAGUACUUUACUUGAUCAUUGGUUUAAUUAUGCAAUUCAGCCAGUUAACUUUAUUGAUGGACCAGCUUUGUGAACGGUGGAAGUGUUGAUAGUGAUUAAAUAAAAACCGUUGAAUUAUAACUAAUAAUUAAUUUGGUGAUGUUCUGAAUGUGGUACAACAAGAUGAAUAUUUGUGUUUGGGUAAUAACAUUCUGUGUUUCCUUUACAUUUACACAAACACAGAUUUGUAAAAAAGACUAUAGAUGUAAAAUAAGCCGAAUUAGCGGAAUGAAGGCGGUCGACUGCCGCAAUAAAGACAUGGGGACAAUUUCUCAGUGUUUACCGAAUGAUGUUGAGAUAAUCGACCUAUCUCGGAACAGAAUUCGCAAAGUAACAAAAGAGGACUUAAGAAAAUAUUCCAAUUUGAAAAUGUUGUACUUAGACGACAAUAUGAUAAUGACUAUUGAUGAAGAAAGCUUCGAAGGAAAAGAUUACUUGCAAACUAUAGAUCUGACACUUAAUGGGUUGACGAAAAUUCCUUCCGUAUUAUUUCACCUCCCCUCUCUACAAGUUCUAUAUCUGAGGCAAAAUUUAAAUAUUAACGUUGUCGACGCUAUUGAAAAAGCCAAACCUAUCACCAGCCCUUUGCUUCGGUUAGACAUUAGUUAUAUAAUGACUGAAGAACCGGACGAGUUACCCGAUUUAGGAUUAAUCCCCACUUUGGAACAAUAUAAUAUAUCAGGAAACAAACUCUUGUCACUGAAACCCAACCAUUUUGCAGGUCUUUGCAAUUUAAAAAUUUUAGACACUGCAAAUAUGUCCAUCCAAUAUGAAGAACCGUGCGAUUGUUGGACUAUUAAUCGCUGGUUGAAAAAUCGAGAAGUCGUUUUUAAACAUUUUGAAUGUAGUGUGAAGGCAAUAGAAUGUCUUGAAGAGGUCUCCUCUGACGAUUUGGAAAUUUAUACCCGAUGCCGACAAAUAUACGAAGAAAAUAUAAAAAAAUCCAAAAUGAAAACAAUUUUAUGGAUUGUCAUUCCGCUAUUUGUGGUAAUUUUUGCAAUUAUUGUCUUUUUCAUAGUGAGGAGGAGGCAAAAGCAAAGACAAAAACACAGGGACAAAAACAAUAGGGGGCAGGAAAUGAAGCUUUGUAAUAACGUUUCAAAAACAUGAGUGAUUUUUUGAUGAUUGAAUGUUUAAAUAAAAUAAGUAUGAGUUGUAUUUGAUUAAAAUAGUUACCACAUACGCAUAAAUCUUCGCUUGAGCAAAUUUCAGGUAGAACUCAAACUGUAGAUAUGACUAAUUUUGCUGUGAUAUGGUAGCUAAUAAAAUACAUUUGCGCUCUGUAAAAUAGUUCGCGCGUUGUGUAUAUAUUUAUUAAUAAAAUUGUUUAUGUAUAUGUUCA